CAGAAGCAGAAGAAAAAUAGCAAGCCAGGUGCCGCUGCAGGAUGGAGAAGACCCGAGGGAAGGAGGCCGUGAGGUAGUUCAGAGGACCUUGUCUUCUGGCCAGGACUUCAUGGUGAUGCAAGGGACAAAAGAGAUGGAGGAGGCGACUUUGCAAGCAGAAAUCGGAUCGAUGUCCGAGGAGGAAGAGAACCUCCACAGCCAGCUGGACGGCCCUCGGAGAAGGAUGUUAGGUGAUAAUUUGGUUGCAAAGCCUGGACCUCAGAAAAAACCUGAGAGAUCUUCUAUGGAGGACUGUCCUAAAGCCACCUGGACGGGGAGCUGGGUAGCAGACAGAAGUGGUGUGUCAGUCGACGACUUCACGCCUCCUGCCUCUGGUGCUUGCAAGUUCAUUGGCUCCCUUCAUUCUUACAGCUUUUCCUCUAAGCAUGCCAGAGAGAGGCCAUCUUUCCCAAAAGAGCAGCUAGAAAGGAAAAGGCCAAAGAGAGAUGUGGAACCAAGCUGCAGCAGCCAUCUUAUGGGACAUGAUAAGGCCGUAGCGGAAGGCUCCCCUACUUCAUCCCUCACUGUGACCCCUCAGAAACCUUCCCAGGGUUUGUCGGCAUCCCCAGCAGACCUUACCCCUCAGCCUGCCGCUGAGGCUGUGGUGGGGCGGAAGGGUGACACAGAUGCCAACCCCAUGUCCAUCAACGAGGUCAUCAUGUCGGCCUCGGGAGCUUGCAAGCUCAUCGACUCCCUCCACUCGUACUGUUUCUCCUCCAGGCAGAGCAAAAGUCAGGUGUGCUGCUUGCGUGAGCAGGUAGAAAAGAAGAAUGGAGAGUUGAAACUUUUGAGGCAGAGGAUCAGUCGCUCUGACAGUCAAGUCAGGAAGCUGAAGGAGAAGCUAGAUGAGCUGAAGAGGAUCAGUUUCCCUUACUUGAACAGCCUGCUAUCCCAGGACUGUGAGACUCCCCAGCUGAAUCCUGUGAUGGAGCCCCUGUCCUGGAUGCUGGGCACCUGGCUCUCAGACCCACCAGGAGACGGCACCUUCCCUACAAUGAAGCCCUUCCAGUACCUGGAAGAAGUGCACAUCUCUCACGUCGGGCAGCCCAUGCUCAACUUCUCGUUCAACGCCUUCCAUCCAGACACCAGGAAACCCAUGCACCGAGAAUGUGGAUUCAUCCGCCUGAAACCUGACACUAACAAGGUGGCUUUCAUCAGUGCUCAGAACACAGGUCUGGUGGAGGUGGAGGAAGGGGAGGUGAAUGGACAAGAGCUGUCUAUAGCUUCUCAUUCCAUAGCCAGGAUCUCCUUUGCCAAGAAGCCCCAUGUAGAGCAGGUGAGUGCACAUGCAGUGAGCCAUUCACAUAGUAUUGCAAGCCCCAUAAAGUGUCUAGUUGAGAGGACAGGUUGA